AUGCUAGCUCUACAAGCCUCCGCCCGCCUCGCCGGGCGCCGCAUCGUCAUCUCCAGUCGCCGUCUACCCUCGAGCCUCCCAAGGGCUGCUGUGUCGUCCGCUCUCGUUACGAAGAGGCAAUACUCCGCCCCUGGGUCUGAUACCACGACUAGAUCGACAGUCAUUCAGUUGCUCAGCAACAUCGGCUCGAAGCGCGAGGUCCAGCAAUACCUCUCGCACUUCUCGUCCGUCUCCUCCCAACAGUUCGCCGUCAUUAAAGUAGGCGGUGCGAUCAUAACCGAGCAUCUCGAAUCUCUCACCUCUGCGCUUGCGCUCCUUACAAAUGUCGGGCUCUUCCCUGUGGUGGUCCACGGUGCUGGCCCACAGCUGAACAAGUUGUUGGAAGAUGCGGGAGUCGAGCCGCAAUUCGAGGAAGGCAUUCGUGUUACCGACGGCAAGACCCUGGCAGUUGCGCGCAAACUCUUUUUGGAGGAGAACCUGAAGUUGGUUGAGAAGUUGGAGGAGAUGGGUGUACGUGCCCGACCGGUCACAAGCGGCGUGUUUGGAGCGGACUACUUGGAUAAGGACAAGUGGAACUUGGUUGGCAAGAUCAAUAAGAUAAACAAGGACCCGAUCGAGGCGGCUAUCAAUGCUGGUUGCCUUCCGAUUCUUACGUCCAUGGCCGAGACACCCGACGGACAGGUGUUGAAUGUCAAUGCUGACGUGGCGGCAGGAGAGCUGGCCAAGUCUCUCCAGCCACUCAAGAUUGUCUACCUAUCGGAGAAGGGUGGCCUCUUCAACGCGGACACGAACGAGAAGAUUUCGGCGAUCAACCUGGAUGAAGAGUUUGAGCAUCUCAUGUCACAGUGGUGGUGCAGAUAUGGAACCAGGUUGAAGAUUAAGGAGAUCAAGGAGCUCCUUGAGCAUUUGCCACGAACCUCCAGUGUUGCAAUCAUCCACCCGGCUGACUUGCAAAAGGAGCUGUUUACGGAUACUGGUGCCGGAACCCUCAUCCGACGAGGCAGUAAGAUUGAUACAGCGACGUCUUUGUCCCAAUUUGAGGACAUUGAGCAGCUCAAGGAUGUCCUUGUUCGCGACCGUGAGGCUCUUGAUGCGCGUGCGACAGUUAACCGUUACGUCGAUGGCCUCAAGGACAAGCAGUUUAAGGCAUACUUUGACGAGUCAAUGGAUGCGCUUGCCAUCGUGCAGCCGCCCAUCGAUUCCUCAGGCAUCGCCAAUCUGGCUACAUUAACAAUCACCAAGUCUGGCUGGCUCACCAACGUCGCCGACAAUGUGUUUGCGGCGAUCAGAAAAGACCACCCUAAGCUCGUCUUCACCGUUAAGGAGGAUGACGAGAACCUGACAUGGUUCUUUGACAAGGCAGAGGGCAGCUUCACCAAGGACGGCCAUGUCAUGUUCUGGUAUGGCACCGAGUCCGCUGAGGAAGUGACCCAGCUCAUGACCGAGUUCACCAAGCACGGACGCUCGAUGCAUGGCGAAGCAAACCUUGAUGAGAGGCUAUACCGCGCCGCCAAUGCUGCGUCAGCCAUAUCUGGACCAAACGCUCCCCUCCAACAAGCUCGUGCCUUCUCCACCUCGGCCCGCCCAACGUCGCGUAUCAUCCGCGGCCGCACAACCCAAACCCGCGGUUACACCACCACAAACCCCAACCCCCCUCUUGGCAAGCACAACUCCUCCAACUCCCAGCCUGCAAAGGUAGCUCUCAUCGGUGCCCGUGGCUAUACCGGGCAAGCGCUGAUUGCCCUCCUCAAUGCCCACCCUAACAUGGACCUCCGCCACGUGUCAUCGCGUGAGCUAGCGGGCCAGAAGCUGAAGGGCUACGAGAAGCGCGAUAUCACCUACGAGAACCUUUCUGCCGAAGACGUGCGCCGCAUGGAAGAGAAUGCUGAGGUAGACUGUUGGGUUAUGGCGCUCCCGAACGGCGUGUGCAAGCCCUUUGUCGAAGCCGUGGAGGAGGGCCGCGGGCCACAGAACUCCGUCAUCGUCGACCUCUCUGCUGACUACAGGUUCGACUCGAAGUGGACCUACGGCCUCCCCGAGCUCGUCUCGCGCUCAGAUAUCGCAAGGGCGAAGCGUAUCGCCAACCCCGGCUGCUACGCAACCGCGGCACAGAUUGGCAUUGCGCCGCUUGUUGAGUUCCUUGGCGGGCAACCAACUGUCUUUGGUGUUUCGGGAUACUCCGGCGCGGGCACAAAGCCGUCCCCUAAGAACGACGUCGAGAACCUACGGGACAACCUCAUCCCUUACUCCUUGACUGAUCACAUCCACGAGCGUGAAGUUAGCAACCAGCUCGGCGUUGAAGUUGCGUUCAUCCCGCACGUCGCGUCGUGGUUCCAGGGCAUCCACCACACAAUCUCUGUGCCGCUUGACCGCACAUUCAGCAGCCGAGACAUCAGACAGAUAUACCAGGACCGGUAUGCAGGAGAAAAGCUCGUACGGGUAACUGGGGAGCCUCCGAGCGUCAAAGCGAUCAGCGGGAAGCACGGUGUUGAGGUUGGUGGCUUUGGGGUACAUAGCUCAGGCAAGCGUGUGGUUGUGUGUGCCACAAUUGAUAACCUACUGAAGGGGGCAGCGACACAGUGUUUACAGAAUAUGAACUUGGCAUUAGGAUUCGCAGAGUACGAGGGCAUUCCGUUAGAUUAA